GUGAUUGAAACAUAUUUAGAAAAUGUGAUUAUCUUCCUGAUCCUACUCCCUUUAGGAAGAACUUCUUAAACUGGAAGCAGAAAAAAAAAAACCAUAAAAGAUAACCAUAAAAGAAAAUAAGUUAUGCUAUAUUAUAAAUUCUUAAUUUAGAAAUCGUGCAUCAGUGGUUAGGCAUUGUGGCUCAUGCCUGUAAUCCCAGCACUUUGGGAGGCAGAGGCAGAAGGAUUACUUGAGCUGCUUGAGCCCAGGAGUUUGAGACGGGCCUGGGAAAAAUAGGGAAACUCCAUUUCCACACACACACACACACACACACACACACAUUGUGUCCAUCAACUUGGGAGGAUGAGGUGGGAAGAUUGCUUGAGCCCAGGGGUUCAAGUCCAACUUGGGCAACAUAGGGAGACCUUGUCUCUAAAAAAAAAACUAAAGCUAAACUACAAACUGUGAGGCAAUAUCUGCAACAUUUAUAACUAGUAAUAGCUUAGUAUCAAGAAUGUAUGCAGAAAUUCUACAAACCAACAAAAAAGGACAGUGUCACAGAAAAAUAGGCAAAAGACUGAACCAGGCCUUCCACACAAUUAGAAGUGCAUGUGGACCAAUAAACAUUAAGAGGUUUUCAUCUCUCAAUCAGGAAAACGUAAAUCAAGAUGACAAUGACAUGUUCAAAUUCAUUCGAUUGGUGAAAAUGAAGAAACACAAUAAAGUCAAGUUUUGGAGAGGGUUUUAGUCAAUAGGAUCACUCACAUAUUGCUGAUGGGGGUAUCAAUUGGUAUAUCCACUGUGAAAAACCAUUCACUAGAAAAGUUGGGCCAGGCCCAGUGGCUCAUGCCUCUUGGCUUUGGGAGGCCAAGGUAGGAGGAUCACUUGAGCCCAAGAGUUCAAGACCAGCUUGAGCAACAUAGGGAGACCACAUCUGCACAAAAAGAUUUUUUUGAAUUAGCUGGGCAUGGUGGUGCAUGCCUGUGGUCCCAGCUACUUGGGAAGCUGAGGUGGAAGGAUUGCUUAAGCCCAGGAGGUUGAGGCUGCAGUGAAUCAUGAUUGUGCCACUGCACUCUUACCUUGGGUGACAGAGUAAGAUCAUACCUUAAAAAAAAAAAAACAGUAUACCCAUGGGUCAGCAAUUUCACUUUUCAGUAUAUACUUGAGAAAUGCUUGCACAGGUCCCCCAGAUCACACAUAUAAGAAUGUUCUGGAAUAAAUUAAAAUGUCUAUUUUUAGGAAGGUGUAAUGUGUUCACAGAAUGGGUGAUUAUUACAUGGCAGCAAAAUGAAUGAAUACCAGCUACUUGUAGCACAAUAACUCAGAAUGAAAAAGCAAUUCUGAGAAAACUAUAUAUGACAUGAUACUUUUCUUAUAAAAGUCAAGAACAACUAAAACUGAACAGCUGUUUAGGCAUUGACAUAUGUGACAAAACUUUUAAAAAGUAAUAAAGUUCAAGAUAGUGGUUACCUCUGGAGAGGUAGAGGAGGAGCAAAUCUAUGAGUAAGUCACUGGUAAUGUUUUAGUCCCUGGGUUAGGUGGUAGGUUUUGGGGUGGUUCAUUUGUCAUUAAAAGUAAGUACAUGAGCUGGGUGUAGUGGUGCGUGCUUAUAGUCCCGGCUACUUGGGAGUCUGAGAUAGGAAGAUCCUUGAGGCCAGUUCAAGGCUAUAGUGUGCUAUGAUUUCACCUGUGAAUAGCUACUAUAUUCCAACCUGGGCAACGUAGACCUUGCCCCCCUUUAAAAAAAAUUCAAAAACAAAAUAAAUGCAUGGACAAAUGAAUAAGAGAGUUAUGCAUGGAACAUCGGUGGUGUAUUAUGAAUCAAGCAUUAUUACUAGCUCAGUUAUAUGUGCCUUCAUUCCAAAACAAAAAAUAAAAGGUAACAAAAUUGUUGAAUUGCAUUUGAGAGAGAGGAAAGGAAAGAAUUCAGGUCUGAAUCUUAGGCUUUUGGCUUGAGCUAUUGCAGUUUAUUGAGAUGGGGAAAUACAUGGUGGGGGAAAGUUUGGGUAUGUGCAUAACAGAGACAGAAAUUCAGUGUUUGACAGAUCAAGUGUGAGGUGCCCACUGAGCAUCAAAGUGGCUAUGUUAAGCAGGUAUUGGAUAUACAAAUCUAAAUUCAGUAAGGUCAGUCCAGGAGAAAAUUUGGGGAGUAGUUAGCCAUGGGAUCAGAUGGGCGCUUUAGGGACACUUUGGAGAUGAAGUACAGCACUGAGCCCUGAGUUCCUGUGACAGAGAAGCAGCCUGCAAAGACGAAAGGAGGAGCUGUUAGGAAGAGCAAGGCAACAGAAAAGGAAGAACCAGCAUGCUGAUUAUGUUCAGGAGAGUGUUUCUACGCUGAAUUUAAUUGCCAAGAUUACCAAUUCUAAAGAAGAGGAGGACUCUUGGACAAGUUUUUAGAAGUUGGUUUGGAGCUGGGGUGAGAGCCUGGCCUAAUGGAGACAGCUCUGGAUUGGGAGUCACUUAGACCUACAUUCUGGUCUAGGUUUGGCUCCCAAAAACUGGGAAGGUCAGGUAGGUGGCCACUCCUCUCUCUUCAUGGUCUCUUUCAGCUUGAAGACAAUUUACAGUCUUUGACUAAGCAUCCAUACUGGAAGAACAAGAUUUGGUUUCUGAACAUUGGGUCUUAGUCCUUAAAAUAACUUGCAACCUGUUACCUCUUCACUUAUUCCCAUUGCCACCACAAGAAUCCUGUGUGUUUUUGUUUUGUGCAUCCAGAGUCUAAAACGGGUCUGCUUUUAUUCAUAGGCUUUUGUUUUCAAUGGUUUUUGUUGUUGCAUUUUUCCCUAGAUAAAAUGUUUUUUCUAUAAGACACUGCUUAAAAGAGUCCAAUGCAGUAUGAAUUUGUAUUUGUGUUUAACUUUUGUGCUUAACAGAUCUGCCAUGGCUGAACUCUCAGUUGCUUAAGCAAAAUUCUGGGGCUUAUUCUAGGUUCCUUUAUUUGUCAUUGUCACUCCCAUUCCAGUUAUCAGCAAAUUCCAUCAGCUGUCUCCGAGACAUCUUAAAUCUGUCUACCUCCCUCCAUGUCCACUGCUACCACUCUGUCCAAGCUAUUAUCAUCUUUCACCUGAACUCCUGCACUAAUGUCUGCUGUCCUUGCAUCCACUCCUGCCCUCCUACAAUCACUGACGGCAGCCGCAGGGAUCUUUAUAAAACGAAAAUCAGAUAGUGUCACUUCCCUGCUUAAAGCCCUUUGAGUGGCUUCCCAUUGCACUUAGAAAAAAAAAAAAAAAAAAAAACUGGCCGGGUGCGAUGGCUCAUGCCUGUAAUCCCAGCACUUUGGGAGGCCGAGGCGGGCGGAUCCCCUGAGGUUGGUAGUUCGAGACCUGCUUGGCCAACAUGGAGAAACCCUGUCUCUACUAAAAACACAAAAUUAGUCAGGUGUGAUGGCGCAUGCCUGUAAUCCCAGCUACUUGGGAGGCUGAGUCAGGAGAAUCGCUCGAACCCAGGAGGCAGUGGUUGUGGUGAGUUGACAUCACGCCAUUGCACUCCAGCCUGGGCAACAAGAGUGAAACUCCGUCUGAAAAAAAAAAAAAAAAACCCAAACUCAAUAGAAAAUCAAGUUUUCAUAGUGGUAGUUGUUAACAGAGAAAUAACAAUGAAAGCUUUAAAAAACUCCAUGAAAAUUUGCAAAACUUAAAUGUAGAAGAGGAGUAAACUUGAUAAAAUAUUAAAAGAAUUGAAACCCUUCCUAAAGGCAGCUUCUCAAGGGAGCACAAGUUCACACACAGUUUACUUUUGGAGGAACGUCUGAGGUCAUGAGGACUAGAUUCUAGAGCUACAGGUCUCAGGGACAGUCUCGAGGGAUACAGGGCCCCCAUCACCACAUCCCCAGAUUUAACCGCAGCAGCUCAGCUUUUAUCUGUAUCUGUUGGAGCUCUCUAGGAAAUGUCAAUACCAAAGCAAACCCAAAUCACAAGUAGAUUAGAUUACUAUUCAAGAGGAUGAUUCUCUACCGAAACUGUGCAAGAGAGUUGGAAAAUGUAAGACGUAAAGACCAUAAUCAGGAAAAUACGCAUCAUAUUUGUUAUUCACUGAGAGGGAGGAAUUUCCACUUAAAUCCCAUUUCCAGCAGCUGGAUUGUGCUCUCAGUGGAGUGCUCUGGAUUCUGAUUAAUAGAGAUUUUCUAGUCCUCCCAACAACUUCCUUCUCAAUUCUCUUCACUUUCCGCAGAUCUCGGCACCAGGGUUGCAUCUUGUGGGCUCCAUUGUGUUUUCACACAAUGUGCUAUUUGUCCUUCACAGUGUUUUGGUUUAUUUUUCUGUUUGUCCAUCUUGUUUUUGAACAAUUGCCAGCAUUUAAAAAUGAGGAAAUCUAAAAUCUGCAUUUCAAGCUGCUCUUUUUUAAAAUGUGCCGUUUCGACAACACUGAGCCCACAUUCUUGAAUGACAACACUUGGGUGGAGCUGAGUGACUCCACCUGUCGGGUGGCUACACCCUUGCUCAGGGUAUGCACUCGAUGGUUUGCUCUAUGGCCCACCAUCCUGGAUUGUCUCCCUGACACCAAGGCUAAGGGACCCACUUUACUCACUUAUCUGCUGGGCCUUGGAAGUAUUUCAGUUCGGAACCCCAAUUCUAACCUUAGCUUCUCAGGCCAUUAAAUGAAAUCUCAUUUCUAUGAUGCUUCCUGUCACAUCACUGUGCUGCUGAGAACAUGAAGUCUGUGGGUGAAUUGGUGGACGGGAUCCAGAAUCAUUACUUGGCAGUGGAUUAUAGUGUGAUGACUCAUUUCCGGUGGUCUCCAGGAGACUUGGCUGGGAGCUUCUCUUGGAGUCUAGGGUUAACCAGAGGCUACAUGUUUUAGGCAUCUUAAUUCAUAUUUUACCUAAAGGCAUAUAAAUCCUUAAAAAAAAUCAUUUGACUUCAUCCUUGCUCCCUACAUCCAGCCAGUAACCAUUGCUUUGUUUUACAUCGCAUGCUUCAGGCUUUACUACAGCCUACCUGGAUUUUGCAGUAGCUUCUUAAACUGCUUAAACUUUGGAUAUUGCCCCAGCCAACACAUUCUGCCACAGAGAUCUCUCUGAGUUAAAUGGGAUUGUAUCAUGCCCCACACCCACGCAGAUAGAAACUGUCAAUAGAUACACUUAGAAUGAAUAUGCAUGGAAUCAAAUUACAUUCAGAAUCUACCACUAUAGGUAGUGAAUACAACAGAGGAUAGCAGAGGCUGGGAAGGGUAAUGGGGGUUGGGGGGUGGGAGGAUAAAGGGGUUGGGUAAUGGGUGUAAAAAUCUAUAGAAGGAAUAUGAUCUGUUGUUUGGUAGCACAAUAGGGUAAAUACAGUUAAUAAUUUAUUGUAUAUUCCACAAUAAAGGAGUGGAUUUGGAGUGUUCUCAACACAAAUGAUAAAUGUUUGAGGUGAUGGAUACCCCAAUUACCCUGAUUUGAUCAUUAUACGUUGUAUGUUUGUAUCAAAAUAUCAUAUGUACCCCAUAAAUAUGUACAACUAUUAUGUAUCCAUAAAAAUUGGAAAUAAACUACCACCAUCUUUCUUCAGCCUAUUUUCCUAUCUCCUCUCGCACCAUACUAGGCACACAAUCUCUGUACCUGUGCUCUCUGUCUUCCAAGCCAUUGCUCAUGUUUUAAGAAAUAUACUUACUGUUUAAUAUAUCCUAUACCACUGUAGGAUGACUGUAGUUAACAAUAAUGUGUAGUUUCAAAUAGCUAAUAGCUGGAAGGAGGUUGUUGAAUGUUUCCAACAUAAAGAAAUGAUAAGUGUUUGAGAUGAUGGAUAUGCUAAUUACCCUGAUCUGAUCACUACACAUUAUAUGUAUGGAAAUAUCAUUGUGUACCCCAUGAAUAUGGGCAAUUAUUAUUUGUUAAUUUAAAAAAUAAAAAAAAGACCCACCCACUGUUUAAGUGUAUCUACAUCCUAGCUCUUUGUGGCACCUUUCCAGAUCCUCCCAGAUUAAAUUACUGUCCUUUCUCUGUUGAGACAUUUUCCCAGCUAUCAGUCUGUCCUGAGUUACACUCACUUGUGUUUUUCUCAUGCCCUCGAUUUCAGUUUAUGGAGGGCAGGGACUAUUAUUUAUUCAUUUUUUUUAUUUCCUGCACCCAGCAGAUAGCUUCACACAAUUGUUGAAAAUUCAUUUCUUUAAACAACUUGAUGACUUGUCCUUAUAGAUCUGAUAGCCAGUGUGACCGUCAAAAGAAGCUCCUAAACCUUUUCUUUUCUAAGCUAAACUUAGUUUGCUCAUUUUCAAGUAACAGUAUAUGUGUGUAAAAUAUGUUUGGAAUUAUGUCACCUACAAUUCUAAUAAUGAAACAAUAGACAAAUUUGGAAAAUGGGUAUUCUACAAGGCAAUGAGCCUGGACUAUAGAAAAAAGUCAAAAUCAUGAAAAGCACAAAUCAAAAUGACAAGGGGACUGUUCUAUAGUUUAAAAAGACAUAACCAAAGGCAGUGCAUGGACAUCCAUUGGAUCCUUAAUCAGAAAUCAAAAGCCAUAAAAAAUAUUUUGGAGACUGGAAGAAAUUACAUAUGAGAUGAUAAUAUUACAUUUCUUUGGUAUAAUGAUGAUAUUGCAAUUACGUGUGAAAAUGUCCUUAUUGUUGGGACACAUAUACUGCGUUAUUUAAGGGUGAUAUGUCAAGAUGUCACCAACUUAUUUUCAAAUGGUUCAGUCAAAGGGUAUGUGUGUGUGUAUGUAUAUAUGUGUAUAUAUAUAUAUAUAUAUAUAUAUAUAUAUAUAUAUAUUCAGAAUCUACCACUAUAGGUAGUGAAUGCAACGGAGGAUAGCAGAGGCUGGGAAGGGUAAUAGGGGUUAGGGGUUGAGGGGAUAAAGAGGGGUUGGGUAAUGGGUGCAAAAAUAUAUAGAAGGAAUAUGAUCUAGUGUUUGGUAGCACAAUAGGGUAAAUACAGUUAACAAUAAUUUAUUUUAUAUUUCACAAUAAAAGAGUGGAUUUGGAAUGUUCCCAACAUAAAUGAUAAAUGAUAAAUGUUUGAGGUGAUGGAUACCCCAAUUGCCCUGAUUUGAUCAUUACACAUUGUAUGUUUGUAUCAAAAUAUAUGUACCCCAUAAAUAUGUACAACUAUUGUGUAUCCAUAAAAAUUAGAAAUAAACUAUAUAUAUAAAAACUAUAUGGAUAUAUAUAUAAACAAACUAUAUAUGGAUAUAUAUAUAUCCAUAUCCUUCCACACACAUAUCCAUAUCCACACACAUAUCCAUAUCCACUGCUACCACUCUGUCUCAUAUAUAUGUAUAUGUAUGUAUAUGUAUAUAUAUGUAUGUGUGUGUAUAUAUAUAUGAGAGAGUGUCAAUAAUUGGUAAGUGUAGAUGAAGAGUAUAUGGAUAUUUUAUGAUACUUUUUUUUUUUCCAAAUAGUUGGGAAAAAAGAGAAAAGGAAGGGGCGAAAGGAUAAUUUAAUUUCCUAAUUGUAUUUUCUUAGGCUAUUAUUAAAUGAAUUAUAGCUAAGCAGUGAAAACAAAACAUUUAUUCGGGUAUGGUUUUAUAUUUAGGAGUGAAUCAAGUUACUAGUGACUCAACUGUAAGAAUUAUUAAAUUGGUAAUGCAGUUUUCGUUGCUUGUUAGACUUCUCAUACUUUAUGGUUUAUACUUUGGAAGCAAAUAAGCUCUAGAGGAAAUGGAACAGGUAUGUAUUAAGGAAUUUAAGUUUUUGCUGUAAGUUUGGAAAUACUUAACAAAUUCUAACUUUUCAUUAUCACAAGCCUUUUAAAAUUACCUGUGAUGAUAGGUAUCUAUAAAAGUAUAUUGAUUUAUCCCUUUUUUCUAGGUUAAAAAAAUAAGUAUGUUUUAUUGGUGGUAGCUAAGUGGAUCUAGUUGAUAAAGGUGGAGAUAUAAAUAUAUUGGUGUAAAAGGACAAAUAUGAGAUAAGACUAUGUAUUUAUUGCCCAUUUAUGUAAUUGCAUGUGUCACUAAGGACAAAGGUCCUUAAAGACGAAAAGCAGAGUAGAAACAGUUCCUUAUAUUAAGACAGAUGAAUUUGCUACCUCUUCCCUCUUCAUGAAUUUUUUUUAAAUGUAUGGUUGUAUAUCCUUCCAGUUUUAUAAUCACAUUUGAAAACUCAACCAUCUUUCUGGGCACAAUUUGAUGGCUGAAGAUAUGCUUCACUCCAAUAAAAAGAAAAUGAAGAUUUUUCAAGAGCAUUCGUAGGCUUCGAAUCAAAAGGACAGUACUUAUUUCCUGAGGUCUGAUAACCAUUGUUUUAUGGGGAAAUAGUACUAGGAUCACAGUACCAUGGAUGUGGUAGGCGAAAAUGAGGCCCUGCAGCAGUUCUUUGAAGCUCAGGGAGCCAAUGGUACUCUGGAGAACCCAGCCCUGGACACAAGUCUGUUGGAGGAAUUCUUGGGCAAUGACUUUGAUUUGGGGGCCUUGCAACGCCAGCUCCCAGACACCCCGCCCUAUUCUGCAUCCGACUCAUGCUCUCCUCCGCAGGUCAAAGGUGCAUGCUACCGAACCCUGAGGCCCACAGCUGGGAGGACUCCAGCUCCUUUUCUCCACCCCACAGCUGCUCCUGCGAUGCCGCCCAUGCACCCGCUGCAGAGCACCUCUGGAAUGGGCGACUCCUGCCAAAUCCACGGAGGCUUUCACAGCUGCCACUCAAACGCCAGUCAUCUUGCCACCCCCCUGCACCAAUCCGUGUCCUCCCAUCUGGGGAUAGGUUGUUCUUACCAUCAGCAGCCUCUGUGUCACAGCCCUGGAGCCUCAUUGCCUCCAACCAAGAAGAGAAAGUGCACGCAGGCACUGGAGGACUCCGGGGAAUGCCGAGUGUGGGCCUGCCACUGCAGACCGAUGACAAGUAGGAGUCGCAGCAGUGAAGUCCAGGACCCUGACAGUGAGGGACAGAACAGAAUGCCUGCAGACCAGUGCUCUCCUGCUCUGAAGUGGCAACCAUGCCAUAGUGUUCCUUGGCACAGCUUAUUAAACAGUCAUUAUGAAAAACUACCUGAUGUGGGCUAUCGAGUUGUAACAGACAAAGGAUUUAAUUUUUCACCAGCAGAUGAAGCUUUUGUUUGCCAAAAGAAGAAUCAUUUCCAGAUAACCAUUCACAUCCAAGUUUGGGGAAGUCCAAAAUUUGUUGAAACCGAGAUGGGCCUAAAGCCAAUAGAAAUGUUUUACUUGAAAGUUUUUGGCAUUAAGGUGGAAGCUACCAAUCAAAUAAUUACUAUUGAACAGUCCCAAGCAGAUAGGAGCAAAAAGAUUUUCAAUCCUGUUAAAAUUGACCUACUGGCUGACCAGGUCACCAAAGUAACACUGGGACGAUUACACUUCAGCGAAACCACAGCAAAUAAUAUGAGAAAAAAGGGAAAACCAAAUCCAGACCAGAGAUACUUCAUGUUGGUGGUUGGACUGUAUGCUGCUAACCAAGACCAGUUCUAUCUGUUGUCUGCCCACAUCUCUGAAAGGAUCAUUGUAAGGGCCUCUAACCCUGGGCAGUUUGAAAAUGACAGUGAUGCAUUGUGGCAGCGAGGACAAGUUCCAGAAUCUAUUGUCUGUCACGGUCGAGUAGGAAUCAACACAGAUGCGCCGGACGAAGCCCUGGUUGUCUGUGGCAACAUGAAAGUGAUGGGGACCAUCAUGCAUCCCUCUGACAGCCGGGCAAAGCAGAAUAUCCAGGAGGUUGACACGAAUGAACAGCUGAAAAGAAUAGCCCAAAUGAGAAUUGUUGAAUAUGACUACAAACCUGAAUUUGCAUCUGCAAUGGGAAUAAACACUGCCCAUCAAACAGGAAUGAUUGCCCAGGAGAUGCAAGAAAUCCUGCCCAGAGCAGUAAGAGAGGUUGGUGAUGUCACCUGCGGAAACGGAGAGACCUUGGAGAACUUCCUCAUGGUGGAUAAGGACCAGAUCUUUAUGGAAAAUGUAGGUGCAGUGAAGCAACUGUGCAAACUAACUAACAACCUUGAGGAAAGAAUAGAAGAGUUAGAAAUAUGGAACAGAAAGCUGGCCCGGCUAAAGCGGCUCAGUAGUUGGAAGUCAUCAGCCAGUGAAGCAAGCACAAUCAGCAAAUCUAGCAGAGCCGUUAGUGCAUCUUCUCCAAGAAGGGCCGUUCAUAAAAAAAACAACAAGGUUUAUUUUUCAGGAAAAAGACAGGCGUGUCCUAAUUGGGUUUUCCAGACCUUGGUUAUAACUCUGAUUGCUGUGAUGGCAUUUUGUGCUUUGACGAUAGUUGCCCUUUAUAUACUUAGCUUAAAAGAUCAAGACCGACGUGUCCCAAAUCUCCCUCCAAGCAAUAUCACAAGCUCACAGGAGCUGGCUCUGCUGCCCACAGCCUCCUCCUCAGCACCUAAUACAUCCCUGGUAACCACACCGGCCUCCUUACAAGUACCUGAAAUUACUUUCUGUGAAAUCCUGCCGUGUCAGGAGACUUAUUGCUGCCCCAUCCGGGGAAUGAAAGAAGUCUCUUCAAGUCCUGUGCAAAGACAAUCUGAGGAGAAGGAAUUCCAUCAGAGGCGAUGGUCAGAAGACAAAAGCAAAUCAGUUUUGGCAAGAAAUGCACUUAGCGGCCCCGACUGGGAGAGUGACUGGAUUGAUACAACCAUCAGUUCUAUUCAGAUUAUGGAAAUCCAGCAAAUAAUAGAUCAUCAGUAUUGCAUUCAAAGCCUCCAGUGCAGAUCUGGAAAUUAUAAUUACAAUAUUCCUGUUAAUAAACACACACCCACCAAUGUCAAGUUCUCUCUGGAAAUAAACACAACAGAGCCAUUGAUAGUCUUCCAGUGCAAAUUCACCCUUGGAAAUAUAUGUUUCCAUAGUAAAAGGGGAACCAAAGGGAUGGAAAGCCACAGAGAAAUCUCCCAGGAGAUGACACAGGGAUAUCAGCACAUUUGGAGCCUCCCUGUAGCCCCAUUUUCUGACAGCAUGUUCCAUUUCCGUGUAGCUGCACCGGAUUUAGCUGACUGUUCAACUGAUCCUUAUUUUGCUGGGAUAUUCUUCACCGAUUACUUCUUUUACUUCUAUCGACGCUGUGCCUAAUUUGUUCAAGUUUGGGGACUUUACCAAAGAAAAACACUCAGGAAUACAUUUAACAGAAAUGAACAUCCUCUUGCAACUUCUUUUUUCUUCUUCGUAAAACAUUUACGUUUAUUGCUGAAGGACUUUUUCAGGCUUUAGCUUCCAACAGUUUUGAGACAUUAAUGAGGAGAAUAAAAUGUUUGCUGAAACUUGAAAUAA